AUGACCAGGAAGGACUUCUAUUCCCAGACGAAUGCUGCCUUCCAAUAUAAGCCCCAAAAUGAUACCGUCUACAGUCUGGACCUCGUCCACGCCGACAAUUUGCCCGAAAAACAGCUCAACGAUUGCUUCAGUCUGAUCGAGCGCACAAGCCGCGAUGAUUACGAGCCCAGCAGCUUUGGCUGGCAUCCACGGAGGAAGCUACGCGAAAUGAAAGAGAAGGAGAUGCGCUAUGUUAUGCUUACUGAACGUAACAUUACGUCUGAGGCAGGGAGUACAAGGGAGAAUGAAUUUGCCGGCUUCAUGAGCUUCAUGUUCACGUACGACUCAACACCGCCGCUUCCUGUACUGUACAUAUACGAGAUACACCUGGUGGAGGGCGCAAGAGGCUGCGGACUUGGCAAACACCUCAUGCAUUCUGCUGAGAAGAUCGCUCGAGACUUUGGGAUGAAGAAGGUCAUGUUGACCUGUUUCAAGAGCAACAAGAACGCUUACAGCUUCUACGAGCGCCUAGGAUACCGCAUCGACGCAUGCUCUCCGAAAGACUUUGAACUUCGCAAGAAGGUAUCCAAGAGCGAGUACGUCAUCAUGAGUUUGGACUUGCGC